GUUAAUAACAAAAAAUAAUAAAUUUUUCAUGACGUGAUUCAAUUUGACUGAUCGACGAUAUUGAUAUAUCGAAUAAUUUUUUGUACAUGCAUUAUAAUAAAAUUAUUUAAUUAAUAAAUGGUCGAUUGAUUGCUUAUAUAUCUAAUCUCCAUAAACAUAAGAUCUUAAUUUCACCUCCUAAACACAAUGUCGGGUGGUCACAAACAUCGCUACAAGAAUGUGGGGUUAAGUGCGGACGAGUUACGUCGUCGUCGUGAAGAAGAGGGUGUUCAGCUACGGAAACAAAAAAGAGAACAACAAUUGUUCAAACGUAGAAAUGUUAAUCUCCCAGCAACCAAUACACCUGAUAUUGUUUUACAAGAUGAUAUGAAUUUAUCUCCAACUGAUGAUAUUACUCCAGCCAUGGUGGCAACUCUUUAUGGUGAUGACCCCCAAGAGCAAGUGCUGGCUACACAAAAAUUUCGUAAACUGCUUAGUCGAGAGCCCAAUCCGCCUAUUGAUGAAGUUAUACGGACUGGAAUAGUUCCAAAAUUUGUUGAAUUUCUGACAAAUAGUGAUUAUCCUAGUUUACAGUUCGAAGCGGCGUGGGCGUUGACGAACAUCGCGUCGGGCUCGUCGGAGCAGACACGCGUGGUGGUGGAGUGUGGCGCGGUGCCUGUGCUGGUGGCGCUGGCGGCCAGCGGCGCGGGCGACGACGUUCGCGAACAGGCCGUGUGGGCGCUCGGGAACGUCGCCGGCGACUCGCCCGCCUGCCGCGACACUGUGCUGCAGGCCGGCGUGCUGCCGCCGCUUAUACAAAUAUUAAAUAAGUACACUAGACUAUCCAUGACAAGAAAUGCGGUAUGGACAUUAUCAAAUUUGUGUAGAGGCAAGAACCCUCCAACGAAUUUCGAAGCUGUAGCACCAGGUAUCCCAGUGUUGGCGCGGUUGCUUCAUCAUACCGACGCGGAUGUGUUAAGCGACGCUUGCUGGGCACUAUCUUAUUUGUCUGAUGGACCAAACGAAAAGAUACAGGCAGUGAUUGAUGCCGGUGUCUGCAGAAGGCUUGUAGAGCUACUUAUGCAUAACAAGUCAACGGUAGUAUCGGCUGCAUUACGCGCCGUUGGCAACAUAGUGACCGGCAAUGAUGCACAGACACAAGCGGUGUUGAAUUGCAACCCAUUGCCCAACUUACACACGCUGCUCCGAUCUAGCAUUGAAGCGCAUCGGAAGGAAGCGUGCUGGACGAUUUCCAAUAUCACGGCAGGCAAUGCUGUGCAAAUACAGGCUGUGUUAGAGGCUAAUAUAUUUCCAGCCUUAAUUGAAAUUUUGAAACAAGCUGAAUUCAAAACGAGAAAAGAAGCUGCAUGGGCGAUAACUAAUGCUACCAGUGGAGGAACCCAAGAUCAAAUUAGAUAUUUAGUUGAGCAAGGUUGCAUACCACCUUUGUGUGAUUUAUUAACUCUAACCGAUGCGAAAACGGUUCAAGUUGCUCUCAAUGGCUUAGAUAAUAUAUUAAGAGCUGGUCAGCCAUCGGAUCAACAUGACAAUCCAUACGCGGCACUUAUCGAGGAAUGCUUUGGUAAAUGUGCUAAUUUUAAAUUUUAUGACAAAAUAGAAUUUUUACAAUCGCACGAAAAUCUUGAUAUAUAUCAAAAAUCGUUCGAGAUAAUUGAGAACUACUUCGGAUCGGAAGAGGAAGACGGUCGGUUAGCACCUACAGUCUCCUCAACCACCGAUCAAUAUCAAUUCAGCGCUGAUCAGUCGGUGCCUAUGGGUGGUUUCCAGUUCUAAUUGAGGCCUGUGCCCGCGCUAUAGUGAUGAGUAAUGUCCCCUUACUUUUCUGCUUGGUUAAGUGGCUUAUAACACAGUAACAUGAAGAAUUUAUGUUUCGUUACCUGAAUAUUCAACUGGUUUUACUUUGUGGAUCAGUUCAAUAUAUAUUUUACAUAAUCAAUUUAUUCCUACAUUAAUGCUUUAUUGAGACCUUUGUAACUUAAAGCUAGUAUGUAAUAUUUGUAAUUAAAAUGUUUAUUAUCAUUGACACUUAAAAAGUGCUGUACAGGUUGUUGAUUUCUAAAUUUAGCUAAGUAACGCUUAUUAGUUCGAGAUCUGUUUAAGUUUUUUAAUAAACGGCAAGUACACUGUAUUAUGUACAUUAAAUGUCCUACUACUAUUUACAAGCAUAACAUAAAUUAAUAUACCUAUCUAUUUAAAUUUUGUAUUAAAAUUAGAGACUCACAAUAACGAAGUAUGUAAAUGGACUAGUCAUAACAACUCUUAAUUUAGAUAAUGAAAACUACUAUUGAAACAAAGCAAUGUGUUAUUGCAGACAAAGAUUUGUUGCACAUUGUAGGUAUUGUUUGACAGCCAAAUGUUACUUUGGAAUAUUCGGGAAUAUUAUGUAUACAUAUUUAGCCCUGUGACAUUUAUUGUCAUUAAAAUUAUUUGUAAUAUAUUAAAUUUCGUAUAUGUCAUAUAUAUAUGAAGAUGUAUAUAUACAAAAGGCGAUCUGCAAACUAAGCAGUAAAUGCAGAUAACCUAGUAAAUCAUUAAUCAAUCAUUUCUGAUAUAGACGAGUAGAUCAUGUAUAACCUUUUUGUAAAACUAGCGACUCAUUUCGUUUUUGCACGUGUGCAAUUAUUGUAGGGAUCUCAAUUUUAUUUAUUAAAAUUCAGGCCAGUUUAGUGGUUACAAUCUGCUUUAUAUAUUUGAACACAUUUUUAAAAUGUGUUAAUAAUUUUGUAAGUUAAACCUUUUCUUUUUGUAAUAUUAGUUUAGAAAUUGUUUUAAUUUUAUAAUUUUAUUAACGUUAUAUGUUGGUUAUUUUUUGCAAUCAGCAAAUUUACUUUUACAAUUCCAUCCUUGCAUUAGAGAUUAUAAAGUACUUCUCACUCAUGUAAAUUUUAUUUUUAUAGUACCAUACUUUAGUUGGUACUUACUACUUAUGUAUGUUACUUUGGUUUGACAAAGUAAUAGCUUGUUUUAUAGUCCAAAGCAUGUUAAAGUUAUGAAUGUGUGACGGAAAAUUAGAUUCUGCCUAAUUCUCUUGUAUUAUUUUGUUAUACUACACAUUCAUUACUAAGAAAAUGUUCAGUUACGUCUUUGUCUAAUAAAUUUAUUCAGUAUGAAAUGUCAUUAUAUAAAACACAGAAUAUAGGUAAUUAAUGACAAUUAUUUUUAAAUGCUACGUAACCCACUGUAAUGUUUUUAUGCUUUUUUUAAUAGAUGAGAUCCUUAUCACCUACAAUUAGACCUCCGAAAAUGUUGCGCAUUAUUUCGGUUACAGCUUGUAUAUGCAUAAGUUUAAAUUACUUUACAGAUCUGUAAAGUAGAAAUGUAUAUACCAAUAAAGUUUUUAAAAAACACUCAACUGGAAGGUAAUUUUAUAAUUGUUUGCACUUUUUCUGUAUAGAGUAUACUACUAUGUGUAUGUAAUAUUAAUGAAAAACUUGCAAUAUUUCUUUGCUAUUGUAGAUAACAGUGUAUCUAGUUAAUUUCUUUUGUAGUUGAAAUAUAUGUAUUUUGUUUGGCUUUAUGUCAAUAUUUGUUAUCUAAAAACAUAUAUAUUGCCUUGCGUAAAGUUAUUAUUUCUAUUGGUCAUAUUACACAUUGGUACCAACACUUUACUGUCUUUUGUUUGAUCUGCAUUUCAUCAUCUCCAUUUUAAAAAUAACUCACUUCGAACGUUCGAUGUUAUUGCACAAUCAAUUUUGAGACUGAACCUAUUUUUCUAUUUAGCCUAUGUCUAUAUACGCAGUACUUGUUAUUAUUAUAAUAAAUAUCAUUUUUAUAGCUUACAGUUAAUUUUAGAAUGGAAGUAAACUACAGUCUGGCCAUAAAUACUGAUACAAUUUA